AUGGCGAUAACCGGUGCAGUCUACAAUUUACUCUUCAGGCGAACUUCUACUUUUGCCAUUUCCAUAAUGGUGGGAGCAGUUGUCUUCGAGAGAAUGUUCGAUCAAGGUGGAGACGCGAUAUUCGAAGAAAUGAAUCGUGGGAAACUGUGGAAGCACAUCAAACACAGAUUCGAAAACAAAGAGGAGGACGACGAGUAAUGCACAGAUGUGACUAACCGUCCCGUUGGCGUCUUCAUCAUUCCUGAAGAAACACUUGGUGCCCAGCCACGUCGACCCUGAUCCACCAGGAGGGAAACUGGACUGAAUAUCCUUGACUUCACAGUCUUGAUUAUUGUGAAGUCACCCACACCACCACCGCAACUCACAUCAACAGAAAGCCAUGUUCAUCGGUCUUCGUUGGAUUAAAUUAUUUUUAAAUAAAGUGUCGCUGAAUCUG